AUGGCUUCUUCUCAACGUCCUGGGGGUUCCAAGCCCAGCUCUGGGCAAGGAAAGGCCAGGACCCGGCGCAGCAAACGAACAGCCGCUCUACUGAAGCAGCAAAAGGACGAGGUAUUGAGAAGAAUCCCUCAACUGGAGCUCCAUCAAGCAUACAGCGACGAGAGAGCCGAGCACGAUGCCACAAAAGCCAUCGCUAGCAGAUUGAGGCUACAGCAUAACGACCUGGUCAAACGACUAGACGAGUCCGAAACGGCCGUGGCUAUGGCCGAAACUCGCGCCUAUGAAAACGAAAAAGAGCUCAUCAAGCUACAAGAGUCCCUUUCCAAAUUCAGAAUGGGGGCACAAAACAAUGAAAUCUGGAUAGAGGUUAUGGCAGACGAAAAUCAGAGAUUGGAAGAAGCCAAUGCGAGAAUGGUGGCUAGGACUGCCGUGCGAGAGGGUGAGAUGAGUCAAGAAAUCGAGUUGAUGGAGAAGCGAGCACGGCAGCUGGAGCAGUCACUCAGUCUAGCCUACAAAGAUGUGGGAGAGUAUGGUGUCUUGUUCCAGAAGAACACUGAAGACUGGGCAGAGCUGGGAAGAUUCUUGGACGACCACAUGUCUGAGGAUAAUGAAAGGAUUCAAGAGCUUCAACGUUCGGUCAUGGAGUACUCCAAUUCCAUGGAUCAUUUCCAUGACGAGAUCAACAGGCUCUUUCAAGCUGCAGAAGUUAGAAUCGCACGCAACAGGCUUCGUCGCGACAGAACAGGAAGGAGAGACGGACUGCUAGGUGGUCAACGGGACGGCCAGAUCUCGCGACCUGGGUCUGGUAUGUCUGAAAAUCUACACCACUCUUUGAUGCUUCUAGGAAGUCCAGACUCUGAGUCAAAUCCAGGGAAUUCGACAUACACCGGUCUAUCAUCAGAGGAAAGCAUUGAAUCCUGGCCCCUUAUGCCGCCCCGCCAGAUUGGAAAUUUCGGGACGGUUUCUUUUGAGCCAAUGAAAUCCAGUGACGCGGAGUUAGAGUUCGCAAACGAUGAACCGGAAUCUCUGGAUUCCCUAGCACCAUUAGCGGACGACAUUCAAAACGGCUUCGCAGUAUUCAAUGCCACAGGAAAGCGUCGCAGUUCGGGAUCGACUCGCGGCGAUGACCUCAAUUCAUACUUGGAUUUCAAACAUGACCAUGACAAAAUCAGCAUGUAUGAGCACUUUGUGCAAGAUUGGAAAGAAAACAGCUUUAUCAGUCAGGGCCUGCAUGGUCUUCCAUAUGGCAACGAGGGCCGGGGGAGAUCCUUGGAGCAGAUGCUCGCCGAUGGAAUCUCAUCACCCGAAGAAACAGAUAGUGAAAGUUCCUUGGUUGAAAGCUGGUCAAUUCCAAGCUCAACAGAUCCGUCAAGCCUUUCGGGUUCGCGAUUAUCGAACCUGAGCUUUGAAUCUUGGAAUCAUGUUCGAGAGCAGCAAUCGCCGCUCCAAAUGGUCCAUGAGCGCAGAGGAAGCAAUAAGGCACGACUUGAGUCCUCGCCUGUCCACGAUGAGUAUUUUGCAAACGGGUUCAUCCCACCUUUGAAUACAUCUAGGAAGCGCAUUCGACUUGCUCCACCGCCGCCUGAUUCGAAUACCGGUGAUGCCGACGAAGCCAACGACCCGUCCACUGACAGCUUUGACGUUGACGUGCAGGCCAACAUUGAAGCAACGGAUUGUGAGGUUCCCCAGGGCGCGUCAGAAACUCGAACCUUGAGUGACGACCGGACCCAGAGUUCAUUCACUGUGGAUCAACGGCAAGGAAACUCAGUCGUCGGGCAAUCUCAACCAAAGGGAAUUCAAACUGUCAAUGAUCCGCUGUUGGCGCGUCUAGAUAAUCUAGCUGCCUCGUCGUUGCAAGAGUUGGUGCUAGCGCCAAAGGGGCGGCUUAGCCUCAGAGGUAAGCUGCGGUCAUUGUCCGUCGGUGAUCUGCCACGGAUAGUAGCAGCAGAUGGAGCAACGCUAUUCGAGCGCAUGCCGGGAUCUUGGCCGCGCGAGGCAAUUUCCCACGCCGACGUUAAGCCGAUAGUUGCAUCUGAGAUAGCAGAUGCAAUGUUGCAAAUGUUUAGGGCGUCAGUCGAGAACGCCAUCCUGGUCGGCAUCAACUUAUUACACUUGCUCAACCCCGCGCAUCCCAAGUGCAUCGUGUACCCGGGCUUAAUGGUCCUAUGGCUGUGGCAGGCAUACGAGGAACACAUGGAGUGGAAGCGAUGGGAGGGUGCCAACGAGCGAUAUUUCGUACAGCAAUUGCGCAACCGGUACGCGUCGCAUGCAGGCUGUGUGGACUCGAUGGGAUUUGGCUUGUCCCAGUGGCUAGCGUUCGACCGGUCCUCGUUCGGGUAA